AACGUGAUAGACUAUGAUGCGAUGUGAUGCAGAACCCAUGCCCUGCCCACGCCUGACAGAGAGGGGAUGGGUACUUGCGACUACUUCUAGCUGGAUACAGGAAGAGCACGAGAGGGUCAGAUGUCAGCGAGUCACAGAGCCACAGUCACAAGAGGUGCAUGACAGGGCCCUUUGACUUGUUAUGAGACGCAACGGGAGGGCUGGGUUGGCUGAGACAAUGGGCGUCCGGUCACCUUCUGGACGCAGCAGCAUAACAUCUGGGCAGAGACAUUCAGUAGACAGGCCCCAAACAGACCAGGUACCUGAGCCAGUCAGUACCUCCAAAGUAGAGCCCACCUUCACGACAUCUUCUCAGGGCAUCCCAUCCGGGUGAUCUUCUCUCUUUAGCUGCAUCUUCCUUUUUCUCUCUCUCUUCCUCUUUCGACUUCCCCCCUCGAGCCUCUCCUCCUCUUCUCUUUUACAGACAGAGCCUCUAGAGUCUCCAGUCUCCAUUUCUCAGAGCAAUUGCUCCAAUUGCCUUGAGCAAUUAACAGAACAAACAUAAACGCAUAUCCAUCCACGCAUCCCUGCCUCGUCUAUUCGGUCAAGGGCCUUGCAAUUGCAUCGCAGCUUUGUCACAUUCAAUACCGGAUACCUUACCCUGUUGUCCAGGCUCUUGUUAUUACUCACUACCUCACCAUACCGUGCCUAUCUGGAGCCACGAGGAUUACUCACAGUCUCGGGUACCAAUCGGUCUUUGCGUGCUCUUACUCAUCUCGCAUCUUGGACUUGGCCAUUCAUCUUUGACUCUCUUGUUUCUUGUUGUGUUGGGCGUCAAAGGUGUCGGUCCAAGCAGCAAUUGACCGACUAGACUAAGGAACAGACAACUCACCAUUCGACUUAGGCCACUCACAAUACCUCACCUCACCUUGCCUUGCCUUGCCUUACCGUACCGUACGGAUCCAUUCAAUUCUCUCUGGGCUUCCGCACGGCACUAGCUCAGCUGGACAACUCACUCACUCAGUUACUCAUCUCAGGGCAUCGAAUCGGAUACGCCUUGUUUCUUACCUUGGGUCGCCUCGGAAUCCCUACCCUUUCAUUCUCGACCGCCUUCUCUCAUCCACUCCGCCACCUCACCCGGCCAACAUUCUUGCUUGCCUCGCUGUAUUUCUCGCUAUCUAUCUGGACCAUUCUUCUUCGUGGAUUUUUUUUCCUUCUAAUCUGUCGUUUUUAAAAUUUUCGGUUUUAAUUUUCUCCAACAAUUUGGGGUUGCUACUCUACUCCUGGUUCUUCAUUACUCAUCACCGCCAGCCUUGACCGAUAUUCCAGUCUCCCCACCAGCCCCCUCCUCCUCUUACAUAUUGCUCAGCCAGUAACGCUCGAGCAACGCAUUCGUUCAGUUCCAAAAGUCUUUGGAGAUACUCCAAGACUCCAGCAAUCUCGGCCAAGGCAUCCGAGCGGGUACCUCACAGCAGGCAGCCGAUCGGACAGUCCUGGCACUCAGAGCUCUAUAAGAGACCAUGACACUACCAUUCGUUGAGGUGUCACAUUUGGCACAGUCCUCAUCUUUCUACUCGGCAACUCUUCAGCUCAUUGGCCUGCGCUUCUUGAACGAGUCACGCGAACAGAACUCGUCCAUUGGGACUAUCACUUACGGAAUUCCAGCUGGAGCCGGCAAGUCUGGAGGCAAACGUGGUGACGAUCAAAAAGGUGGCACGCCAGUUCUGCAGAUCCGUGAGGUUUCUCGACCUUUCGAACCCGUCAAGCUCUCGACUCUGGUCUUUGCGGUACCAUCCACUGAUGCAGUGAUCGACUUCCACGACUGCGCCUUCACCGCGAAUCCGUGGCUGAGUAUUCAAACUGACGGUGACCCAAUCUAUCCCGGCGGCCCCAGCCCCAGACCUCGUUUAGGCUUUGAAGGCGGUGAAACCCCAAGACGAGCAACAGUACGUGACCUUGACGGCAACACCAUCCAGGUCGUUUAUCGACAGCCUACUUGUCCUCGGGAUUAUUUUGGUCGAAUUAUCGAAUGGACUUAUGACGGCACCACCGCCCAGCCAAACAGGAAUCGCUCUCUUUCACAACCUCAGCUUCAGCCUGUUGCUUCCGCUCGUUCGUCUUCUUCUUCCAUAAACGGGCAGUCACCCUUUCAGCCCCGUCAGUCUCCUGCCAAACACGGCCCCAAUACCGUCACAGCUGCCGAGAUGACGCAACGUGCUGCCUCUCGUGCCGAUGAGGACGAACCCGUGUCUGUUUCCCCUCGCCAAAGCUCCAAUAACAACGGCCUAAGUACUACCACUGUCGUCGGAGCCAUCCUCGGAGUUGCUGCCGCUGGCGCUGCCCUCACAUAUGGCUUUGCAAGCCACAAUGCAAAGGAACGAGAACGAAAACCAAGACAAGAGUAUGAGCCCCCGUCACUCCCACGACGCUCAACCUUCCCCGAGAAGGCCCCGACGGUUCACAAACUACACAAUGACGAGCGUCGAAUUACCUACGCUGACUAUCCUCCCACGGCGUCACAAUAUCCGCCCAAGGCACUGCCUUAUCGAGGACAUGGUGGUUUUGCCCCUCAGGAUAUGUAUCCCGAGGGAUAUCCUUUCCAGAAACACAUGCAGAAUGACUAUGCUCCCCGCAAGAUGCAUCACGAGUCGUAUCCGCCAAGGAAUCUCGGUUACAUAGAAGACGACAGCAGUGAGGACUCUCCAGACGAGCCGGUCCGCCCCAUCCAAUACCUGACGCAAGCCCCCUAUGAUGAGGAGAAUCCAUGGUCAAACGAAUCCCGAGCCAGAAGUCGGAGCAGAACCCGGAGUGUAGCCAAGAGCACUGCGAGGAGCGUCGCUGCGAAGAGUGCUGCUCCAAGCACCAGAAGUGUUGCGAAGAGCACUGCAAGGAGCGUUGCUCCUUCUCGGGCCCGAUCGCGAAGUCGAGCCCCAGAGGAAGGAUAUGAUACCACCCGAAGUCGACGCUCGUCAAGGCACCCUCCCCCAGAAGACGCCUAUGAGUUUGUGGAAACACGCAGCCGUCAUGCGUCGAGAGCUCCGGACGAUGGCUUUGAGACACGGAGCCGUCGUGCGUCAAGGCCGCCACCUGAGGAUGGAUUUGAUACACGCAGUCGCAGGUCGUCACGACCUCCGGAAGAUGGUUUUGAAACAAGAAGCCGUCGGUCUUCCAGGCCUCCUAUAACUGACAAGUCUAGGAGCGUCAGAGCCCGCAGCGAAGCAGGUGUUACUCGCAGCAAGUCUGUAGUAUUAGUGGACGAUCUCCGAAGUGAGGCACCCGUCAGCCGGAAGUACGACGACCGCCGAAGCCAUGCCGGUUCCCGAGCGCCCAAGUCAUCACAAUCAGUUGUCCGUGGUCACCGGCCUCCGUAUGACGAUGAGCGGACAUACUUUUCAGCUCGGUCACGCCCGUCUUCACGAGCUCCUCGUCGAUCCUCCCGCACUGAGGUGGAGGCCGACAUUAUGGAAGCACCAGAGGUCCCCGAGGUGCCUGACGCGCCUGAAAUUCCUCUGGAUCCCGAUGUCUACGAAGCCCCCGACAUGCCAGACAUGAUGCCGAGGAGUCGGGCCAGGAGUCGGUACAACGUGCCCCGGAUGGCCACUGGACCUGAUUACCCACACAUGGGCUACCCAAGCAAGGCUCAGAGCUACGUAUCUGCCAGGAACGUUUCGCUUCCAAUGAGCGGCAUUGGUAGCAGCCAUGCUGAUUGGGAUGACGACAUGGUCAGUGUUGCUCCAAGUGACAGUAUCAGCUGUGUUGGGGUGAAGCCGAGCAGACGAAGCCGCAAGAUACGAUAAGGAAGAAUUACGAUUAUGAGAUGCAUUUCUACGAGCGGCGAUUAGAACGACACGAUUGACGAGUUGAUGGGACGGAUAGAAAGCGAUUCAUGCAUGACUAGGCCUUUUCAGAUUGGUUCGACAGAAUGAUAUGGUCCAACUGGCAGGCAGUAUGUUGUUUACAGACCACAGAUGGAGCUUCAUGGGUUUCUGUUUCAAGGAUAGCAGCUUGGAUCUAAUCUCAUGGGGUAUUUGAUUGGGAUAUGAGGAGGCGUUUGUGUGUUACUACUAUUAUGGUGUCCGGGCAGGGCCCAUGGCUUUCUUUCCCAGGCUUUCUUCGGUGAAGGGAGGUUUUGCGAUGAUUUCCUGUUUCCUUGAGUAAGACGCAUUGGAAUAUAGCAGUUUGUUUGGUUGACGGCAAGCUGUGACUAGUUGUUGGAUGUCAAGACUGGACACAUGACGGAACAUGAAGAAAGACAGAAGACAUACAAGUAUUCAGAGAUGCGCAAUAGAGACGACACAAUCAUACAAAUACAGAAGACAUUGGCAUUGCAAGAUCACAGUCAGCGGUCUAUUGCCGAGUCAUUUACCGCCCAGAACAUAAUCCUUCACACCUCCGCUAGCUGCCCCUCUAUCUCGCAUCAUCAUGGUGCAGCCCACUCCUUGCAACGCCCUCAUGAUCCAUCAAUGUUGGUGUUUUUAGUGUGGGGGUCACCAUGAGCGUCACAUUGAUCAAGUGCAGUACAUGGGAUAUCACCGACUACUUUACCCUACCUAGUCGCUAGUCUGGGCUCUGAGGAGUGAUAUCCCACCCUAAUUAUUAUAGAAUUGGUCAUUGGCAAUUCUCACGGUUUCGUUGUUAUGGUUUGCACCAAUUCAUGGAGAUGGAGGGGCGAGAUGAGGAGAGACUCUCAAUAUUUUUGUGUGAGAUAAGGCUUGAUAGAUGAUCUACAGUAAAUACAGCUCAGCGAGUAACUUGACCAAAACAAGCU